AUAUUUGGGCUCUGUGGCCUCAGCCUGGGAUACAUCGCUGAGCACCAAGAGAGCCUCUGCUUCGCCCGGCGUGUCCUGAGGGGGGUGUUGCUUGCUGUCUGCAACACCUGCCUAGUGUUCCAGGGUCUGCGACUGCGCCGGUUGGGACAAGGUGCUCAUAGCCCCAGCACAGGUCAACUGAUGGGGCUGGCGGUGGCCUUGGCCGUGUUGGAUCCGGAGUGGAUCCUUCUAGCCACGAUGUCCACGUGCCAGCCAGCCUGUGAAUACCAGCCGCUGGACUUUGCGCUGGCCACCACGUAUGUGCUGGUCCUGCUCCUGGCAGCACUGGUGGGGGCGGCCUGCAGUCUGUGGAGGCAGCAGCCACGGUGGAGGUGCAGGACCGCGUGGCUGCUCAUCACCUGCCUGGCCUCAGUCCUGCUGUGGGUGGCCUGGAUCACCUUCUGCCUGUAUGGCAACGCGGCGCUUGGCCUGUCCCCAACAUGGGACAACCGGGUACAGGCAGUGGUGCUGCUGGCACAGGCAUGGCUGCUCAUACUGCUGCACGCUGCUCCUGAGGUCCACGUCACCUUACGGCCCCCGUCCCGCAUGAGAGAGGCCAGUUUAGAGGAGGGCCUUUCUCACCUGUAGUUUGGAGCAAACCGGGACUUCGUGUUCAGUGACAACAACUCAGGUGUCCUCCCCAGCCCCCAGGAAACACUACAUUUUAAAUAAAUUAUAUAUAUAUAUAUCA